AUGUGCCGCCCGCGCGUACAGGUGGUCGUGGCGCUGCUCGCCGCCGCCGCCGCCGUGGUGCCGUUUCGUUGCCGGGCCGUGCGGAACGACGCCGUUUUCGGCGACUCGCUGGUCGACAUUUUCGACAUAAAAGCCCUCGGAAACGACACCGCGUCCGGGGACCGGGCCGCCGACGUACCCGGUUACAUGUACGAGCUGUACCGGGACGCGGCCGAGAAUCGAGAAUACGACGUGAUCAGGAGCAUACCGCCAAAGACAGGUAAUACUGUAUAUUAUUAUUAUAUUUCAAUAAUAAUAUGCGCGUUCACAUCGGACCGAUCCAUACGGGUGAUGAUAUUAUACGUCUUACGAAUUUCACGUUACGGUCGAAUGUUCCGCAAAAUGCUUGUUUCUUCAAUAGCACGAAACUUGUGCGAAAACUUUUCGGAAUCGUAUAUUCUCCGAAAUUUCACAUUAUUCUUGGUUUUGCAUUUGUUACGGCUGUCCAGUUUUGAUUUUCGAAUAGCAAACUAUUCUUAAAAUUCAUACAUAAACGGAGUAUUGGUUUGAACAUAUUUCGGUAUUUGAGUUUUUGAUUUGGGCAAAAGGAGAGUUGAGGAUCAUCGUGAUUUGUGUGGCAAUCAAACGUUUCAACGAGAAAAUUUAUUAAAACGCCGCAUAAUCACGGAUUUUUUUUUACAUAUAGAUUGCUAUUUGAAAAUCAAAAGUAGGUAAUCGAUUCACCACCGAAAAUAAAAACAAUGUAAUAUUUUUAAAAUGUAUGACUACCGUUAAACAUUUUUUAGAGAAGUCAUUUAUUGAAAAAUAAGUAAUAGAAAAUUUGAAAGACCCUGUAUACAUUUCAUUAUUCUCUACUUAAAUGUUUUCAUUUUUGUGCAACGCAUUUGAAAUUCUUUGGGGGAGCGAAACUUCAAUUCCAAUACUAUUUGUAUUUUAUAUAAUAAGCCAGUGUUAAAAUAACAUAUUUUCUAGUUUUUUCUUCCCUCAAAAAGGUUUCGAAUUUCCGCCUAUGGUUUGAAUACCAAAAAUAUAAAGGGUCACAUAAUUUAUGACGGAUGGUGUGCUUAGACAAUGAAUUUGUAUAAAUAAUAAUAAUAUACUCGUAUACAAUUUCCAAUUUAUUCUCCGACGUGCUUUACCGAUUUCGUUAGUUUAAAAUAUUCAAAUAUAUUAUUACCUAUAAGUGCGAUUCAUAGAUAAAAAAAAAGUCCAUUAAAAAUAUGCAUAGUGAAAUUAUUCGUUUUAUACUUAUACAUAUUAAAAGAUAUUUUUUAGAAUCUGAGUGAAGCGAGAGACCUAUUAGUUUUACUAUAGUGUUUACUAUUUAUUAUUUUUUUUUUUUUGACAAAAAACUUUUCUCCUUGAAAUCUUGCACCAAUAAAAACAUGAAACGAAACUUUUUUUUGUUACAUUUUGGCUCUAAUUGAUACUUUGGAAAUGUCAUUUUAGAUUCCGAGCGUAGCGAGGGAGCUUUUUGGUUUUAUUAAGAUGUUUAUUUUUUCUCCUUCUAGACUGUGGUCAUGUUAUUUAAUAGUAAAAUUGCUCCGAUUUUUCCGUGUAGCACCUUCUUUAAAAUCUCAAGUUGUUUAGAGUGUACAUUAAAGAGGUCAUUUAUUUUCGACGCCAUUUUUUAAAUAAAAGCACCUAAGUGGGAAAACACGUAGGAAAACUUAAAAUUUCACGAUUUCAUUAUUUUAUAAAAACACGGACGACGUUUUAUACCAGACAAAAUGAUUUAAUCGAAAAAUCACAAGAUACAUUUUUUAUUCUCCAAAACUUUUGAGCCACUUUUAAGCUUUUUAAGGAAUUUUAAUUUUCAGGAGUUUUUUUGCUUUAAUUCGAUUAUAAAUACACGUAGAGACUUGAAACUUGAUAAUAUUACUUAUAUUAGACUUACCUAGACGUGAUACAAUUUCCAAAAUUGUCGGGUGAUUUUUUUUUUUUUUUAAUAAAUGUUUUGAAAUCAAAUUUAAAUGAAAAUGGCAAAAAAAUUACAGCAUUUCAAAAUAUGUAUUAUAGAACUGCGCUCGGAAUCGUCCUUCGUCAAGCAAUAGUUUAUCGUUGUUUGUAGAUAUAUGUGAAAUAACCCUAUGUAUCCUACCUUCCCAACUUCUCACCUACAACAGUGGCUGCUCCCAUCCCCAGUAUCAACUCUUUUUUUAAAUUUUCAUAAUAUACGAGAUAAUGAGAAAACUGGUUAACUAUUAAAAAUAACGUUGUCGUUGGCAGCCGUUUUUAUAUUUUUUGUUAUAAUUAUUUUAAUGUUUUUAAAACAAUAUCGGUGUUAUCGUGACAACGCACAUGCUGAAAAAAACAAUACUAUUGUCCGAGUUUCGUUCAAAAUCGUUUUUCGUUAGCAAUGAUUAAUCGUUGUGUACAGGUAUAAAUUAAAUUCCACUUUAUAUUUUGCCUACUCAACUUCCCACCUACAAUAGUGGUCGCACCCGUCCUCAGUAUUGGAAUUUUUUUUUCUUCGGCUUUUAUCAAGUUACGCGUUUUUUCCCGGGUUACUUUCAACCGGUCGGUUGUAUUUAAAUGGAAAAAAUAAUGAUCCUCGCAUAACAUGAUGUUGCAAGUUAUUAGUUUUUAAUGUACAGUAUUAUAAAAGCUUCAUUUCAGAGGUGACCAGCACCAACAGUGACAGGGGGUACGAAAAUAUUUUACAUUGUACAUAUACGCACAUCCUAUUUAAACGCAUACACUGACCAAAGAAGAAUAAUAUUUAAAAAUUCAAACCAGGCAUACGUAUUUUCAAAAUUUCGAGUUGUUAAUACAAAAUUAUUAACCGAAAUAUUAUGUAAUCGGUAUAAAAUAAUUAACGGGUAUUAAAAAAUUUCGUAUUGUUUUCCCCCGGAAAAAAUUAUCAUAUUUUUUACUACAUUUUUUUUUCAAAUUAUUAUUUAUUUGUGAAAGCACUGGAUUAUUUUUGUAAAUUGUAUAGCAAACAUAAUACUAUUAUUCUUUCGAAUAUUUAAACUUUUCGUUGAUCGAGAUAAAUUGUGUUCGAACGGUUUAAUGUAAACCAUUAAAAUAUUUAAAAGUUGAAACCUAUUGUUAGGUAUCUAGUACCUAAAAAUUUAAUACCAAUAUUAUAUAAUAUUAUAUCCUAAAAAGCAUAAAAAAAAAACGAAUAAUUUUUCACCGUGGUUUUUUAAGGUAUAAACGUAUAAUAAUAAUAGUAUCAAUAAUAUUAUAUUUUUAUGUCCAUAUUAUAUAAUCAAUUGCACGCGAGCGCAAUAUAAUAGAAAACCAUAUUUACACGACUUAAACAAUACGAUUAUAGAGCUGUUUACUAACAAAAUAUUCAGCUAGUAUGUCAUCAUUCAGUGGACUAGAAUUUGUUCAUUUAUUUAAUAUUUAUUUCAAACAGUAUGGAACUACAAUGUCCUUACGUCCGUUUAAAAUUGCUAAUAGUUUCCGGCCUAAAUAUUGACAUUUUUGAGACGUGACAUUAUUGUCACCUGAUUAGUACCAGAAUUCUAACCAGAAUAAAGUGGUAUUUCAAAAGUCAAAGAUUUUCAUGGGAAAAAUCAUAGAGCAUCAUGAGGAAUUACGAAACAUUUAAAGUCGAUUCCCCAACAUUAGCAUUGUUUGAUUUGUGUCGCUAUUCUUUCAGGGGCGUGAGUCAUUACCAGUUACACUUAUUAUUUUCGAACAAGUAUAGUGAACACUGAAUAUUAAAAUCGUAUUUUGUAGUUAUAUUCAAAUUGAGUUGGUAACACAUUUAAUUUUUUUGCAUGGAAUUACUAAAGUUAAUAUAUAUUUGAUAUAACUAUCGUAACAUGUAUCAAUCAAUAAUAUAACUCUGAAUUUAAUUUCAUUAAACGAUUAUUGUUUUGUAUAAUUUGUUGCAACAUUCGAUUUUAAUUUGUUUUAUAAAAUCGAUACAAUACUUCCUGUCGCAACAUAAAAUAUCGUAUUUCGAUUCAAGUCGUAUAUUCAAUAUCGUAUAUUUUUUCAGCAUCGCCCAUGAAUCGCCCUACACAUCUUUACUCAUCCAAAGAGAUUGAAUAGAAAGAGUGGAGUACGGUUCUUUCCGUUACGGCAGAAAAUAGAUUACAUUGAACAAAAUGUAUUGUUUAUAGGUACGUCGAUAAUACACAGUGCCGCACCAAGAUAAUACGAUCAUUGCGAUUUAUUAAAAAGUAUCGAUUUUUAUCGUAAUUUUUUUUUUUCAAUUUGAGAAACAACAGCUCUAAAAUUUUACAUUACCAUUAUUAUGAUUUUUUUCUUCUUUUUUUCCCGAGGAUGAACUCACUACCUACUUUUGAUUUUCAAAUGGCAACCUGUAGGAAUUUUUAAUAUUGUAUUAAAUUUACAUAAAUAGAUGGAAUGCUAAGUUAAAAUAUGUUUUGGUGUUGAAAAUUUCAAAAAAAAUUUUCAGAAAAAAUAUCAUAUUUAUUUAUACUAUAGGUAAUUCGUAUGAUAUUGGUGAUAUUAUUGGUAUUUUCUAUAUGUGUGUAAAUACAUAAGUAACUCGAUAUAUUUUAGUUUUUUAUGUUUAUACAGUUAGCGGCGUACCCAAAUUAUGGUUAGAGGGGAGUUAAAUUUAACAUGGUUGCUAUACACCAUUAUAAUAAGGAUGCUCAAUUCGCCACUAUUUUAAAUUGAAGUUAUGGUUUUCCCUUCAACACAUUGUACAAGUGCAUAUUAACGUAAACUGAGAAACGUAUACUAAUAAAAAGGACUUAAUCAAAGUAUAGUUUUUGAUGAUGUAUUAAAAUUAUAUUUUUUUGUAGAAAAAGUUGUUUAACUCUUCAUAUAUCACACCCUUAAACUCAUCGCUGUUUACAGCCAUUGCAAUUCCGGCAAUUAAUUUAUCCUAAUAUAUUAAUUAGACUAUUUAAAAAAGUACCAAAUGUAAUUAUUUAACAGUGGCCUAUUUAGGAUUUUGUCAAGGAUGAAAUUAAUGAAAUUGUAAAUUAUAUCACAUCACUCAUAUUUUAUAACGUGGUACCCAGGCUAAAAAAAAAAAAUCAUCGAUAUCAAAUACCUAACUACAAACAUAAGUAAGCAAUUAUUUACUUUAUUGGCUAUCUAGAUAACUACUUAUCUAACCUCCUUCAUAUAAUAGUAUUUCGUAUAGGUUACGCUUAAAAACAAGAUAAUGUAUAGGUAUACAAACACAAUAAAUUGCUGAUUUUUUCCGACUAAAAAAUUAACGAAUUUGAAUUUAAAAAUAAAUUCUGACAAAUUACUAAAAAAAAAAAAAAAAGAUCCUAUGUGGAGAUAUAUAUCCCUAAUUUCCUCCCGUGUAAAUACAUCACUGUAAUUUAAUACAAUUUAAUUUAAACAUUAUUUACGCAUUUAUAUGCAGUUCAGACACUUAAUAUCGGAUAUCACAUAAGCCGAUUCAGGACUUAUACCCGGCGAAUACUAAAUGCAGUAUAGAAUAGUUAGUAUGGAAUUCUUUGCGCUACCUAUAAAACCUUUUCAUAUGGUGGCGCCGAAAUAAAUCGACCGGUGCCAACUCACCGGGGUGACCCAAAAAUAUAAUACCCUUAAAGUAUUUAUGUGCAGACUGUGUAUACGAAUUGAUAGCAGCGAAUCGAUAGUCUUUCAUUUUACGAUCUUUACUAUGGAUAUGAUAUUUUAUUCAAGCGGCCUGUUUUAUUUUCGAUGUAGUGAUUUCAAAUAUUAAUUACGGUUUGAAAACAAAUAAAGAUACGAUACAAAAUGCACGGUCUUGUAAAAUGUAUAAUAUUUAAUAGCACUAAACUAUUUAAAUAUAUCUAUUAAAGCAAUUUAUUCGUGUCGAUACGGAGGCGACAGGGAUUUUUACUCAAACUAUAUUAAGACACAUAUAAUCCGCUGAAUCCUUCGAUUCUUGUAGGCAUAUAAUGUGAACGCGCUUACGCGUUAUGUGUUUCGACUUUUGAGUACCACUCGAGUUUCUCUGUGAUUCUUUUGCUAAAUUACUUUUCUCGGGUUUAUUGGAUCUAAUUGUCGAGUCGGCUUUGACCUGACCCGACCAACCUAUAAGCGUAGCGAAAAUAAAAGUUCAUUAAGCUCUCGGCCGGUUGAUCGCAGAAACCCAAUUAUUGUCAAAGUUUGAAGUAAAGAGUUGACUCGAAUAACAACCGGAAAACUUUCCUCAGUCGGAUUGAUUCUUUUGAAAACUUCUUUUAACUUAAUUAUACAAUGCAAGCACGUACGACUAUACUUUCUCGAACGAUAAUUAUCAAUUGAAACUGUACUGCCUAUAAGAAAAUAAUUGAAGUUUUUAAUAAUAAUAUUGCGGGCUUAUAAUUGACACUACUAGAAUGAUGUACACAAUUCUAUUUACAACACGAUGCGGAUUAAUAUUGGCCAGUAAAAUGUGUAAACCAGCUCAUCUUGAAGUCCAAUGAUUUCAAAACGAAUAUUAGCGAGGAUAGUUGGAUAUUUCACCGCAAUAUCGUCUUGCUGACCGUAAUUUUUUAUCUAACUCAUAUUGUAUUUUUUAAAUCCUCUUUUGUUUAAAAUUAUAUUGUAUGUAUCAAAUCGACACACUCAUUACUACCUAUUAUUUAGAGUGAUCAACAUACCGUAUGAUACACAUUAUCUCGAAAUGUGACGACUUUCAGAAUUUUGGUGUUGACAUUUUUGAUUUCCGUCAACUCGUUAAUGCAAUAUUCCGCUUUUAAGUUUGACGUUUUAUGGAUAGGGAAGAUUAAGUGAAUGAAAUUUGUGUGGCAGCGUGACGUUUGAAUAUUGUAGUUCCAUGAUUAUAAUUCCACUAUCCACAAAACGUUAAACUUAAAAAUGGAAUAUUUCAUCAAUGAGUUGACGAAAAUUGAAAAAUUCAACGGUGAAAUUUAUUUAAAUUAACACUUUGUAUAUUUAUGAAAUUUUCAAUACAUAAGAUUGCUAUUUAAAAACCAAAAAUGCAAGUAGCGGCAUUGAUUUUAGAAUAUAAUGUAUUCAAAAAUCAAUGUUUAAUGGUUUAUCCCUAGAAAAAAAAAAUAAUAAGGGUGACGUUUUAAAGUUGCUCGUUUCAUAAAUUUUCAUGGAAAUAAAUUCCAAAAUAAAAAUGAUACUUCCCGAGGUAAUGAGUGUCGUACGUUUUGUUGAAUCACUUUGUAUAAUAUGUCAUUGACAUUCGAAAAAAGGAAGUUUAUAACAGAGAAAUCUCUGAUACGCGGUAAAAUACUCCGUGUACCUAUACAGAGUGAUUCACUAAGCGUGCUCUACCCCAUUUUUUAGUUAAAUUUUACAUAUAUCUAAAUUCUGAUUUUUGGAAUUUUUAAGUGUAGUUAAAGCCGAUAUUUUCGAAUAAUUAGAUUUUUCUCAACAUUUAAGUAGUUUACUAUGGUGAUGCCAACUUUAGCUUUUCAAAUUAUAACCUAUGUUGAAAAAAAUUCUAUAAAUGUACGGAGUAUUACAUUUUGGUGUUAGAAUAUUUGAUUUCCGUCAAUCUAUUGACAAGAUAUUCCACUUUUAAGAUUGGGUCAGGAAAGAAUAGUGGAGCAUCAUUCAUGUGGUGACACGGCGUGCGGCGUUUUAAUAAUGCACCACUUCUCUCCUCCGAUCCAAACUUAAAAAGACAAACAUACUUCGCACCAGAGGCGUUCUCGGGAUUUUUUAUUGGGAAGAAGGGGAUUAUGAAAAUAUACUAAAAAGUGAGCUGUGGGGGCUAAGCCUCUACACCCCCUUUUUAUAUAAAAACAACAUACAUUCAAUUAUAACAUAUUAAGUAUAUUUUUGAUUAAAAUAUUGAAUCAAAAGAGUAAAUACGAACUCUAUAUCAAUUAUCGAUUUUUACUGUCAUAAUUUGUACUAUGUUUAUUAUGUAUUUACUAUCCACUUUUAAGUUUAGGUAAUAGGGAGAAAAGUGGAGUACUAAUAAAACGCCGCGCGCCGUGCUUCCACACAAAUAAUAUUCCACUACUCUCCCAUCUCAUUAACGGGUAGACGGAAAUCAAAUAUUUUAACACCAACAUUUAUUUAAAAUAAUACUCUGUAUAUUUAUAGAAUUUUUUUCAACAUAGGUUAUAAUUUGAAAAGCUAAAGUUGGUAUCACCACAGUAUACUUCUUAAAUGUUGUGAAAAAUCUAAUUAUUCGAAAAUAUCAGCUUUAACAACACUAAAAAAUUUCAAAAAUCACAAUUUGAAUACAUGCAGAAUUUAACCAAAAAAAUGGGGUGAGCAAUGAACACGCUUAGAGAAUCACUCUGUAUAAUGUAUAUAUUUUACAUUUUGCAUAUUUCGAAGAACGGUAUUUCGGUUUUAAAAUAUUAUUUUAUCGAAUUUAAAAUUCACGAAUAAACGUGAAUUUCGAUAUACGAGUAUGUACCUAUUUAUUCAUGUCAGUUAAUAUUUUAGUAAUAUUUUUUCCCCGUUAUUCAUACAGAAAUAUGUAGACUGAUAUUGGAAUUCUGCAAACGAAGCGAGGAACGAAUUGGAUUUAUUGUGUGUAAUUUUUUUUUUUUAUAUAAGAAAAUCGGACAAAUUUACGCCAAUAAAAGUAUUCGGUAUUUUCGAUUUUUUCAUUUUAUUUUUCUACUAGAAAUUUUGCACCGAAUUUCAAGAGUAGCACAUUUUUAUAGCUAUUUAUAGACAUUCGACUUUUUGAGUGUUAUAUUCUGAGCGUAGCGAAUAAUAUGUUGGUUUAACUAUAAUGUGUGUAUAUUAUAUUUUUUUUUUUUCAUAUACUUGUGUUUAAUAAACACCUUGUUUACCAGAAAUCUCACUUCUAUCAACAACUUGAUAGGAUCUUUCUUGUAGAAUUUUUAUUUAGUUAGUGCAUCGAGGAUUUCAUUUUUUGAUAGUCUUUUUAAUAAAUGAGAAAACUGGAAAUUUUUUGUAUAGCGUUUGAGGAUUUAUGGGAAAAAAUACUCCUCUACUCAUAACCGUUUUUCGUUAUCGAUAUUUUAUCGUUGCGUUCAGUUACAUAUUAUACUGUUGAAUUAUUCUGUAUGUAUAUUCCGCCCGAUUUCCUUCCUAAAACAGUAGUACGUCAACAAUAAAAGCAGCUUUAAAAAACAAACAAAAAAAACUUAUCAUUAAGAUGAUUUGAAUAUAUGUAUAUAUAUAUUUGAUAUAAAUAUUAUUAUUGUUUUUGAAUAUAAAUAAUGGACUUAAAACAAAAAUUGUUUUCGCGUACAGCGUAAUAUACUAUUUUAAUUUAUACAUAACACGUAUUAUUGCAAUAUUAUCAUCGUAAUAGCGUUUAAACGGACGGACUUCGGGGCCGAAUAAAUCCGAAUACGGUUCGAUUAAUACGUAUUAAUAAUAUACACAUAAAGACGGAGUUUUAAAAACCGCAGGACCGAACGGAUUUGUCGGCUGAAAAAAAUACGUUGUUAUAACAACGCGGAUCUUUUAAGCGGACCGGCCUUAUAAUACUUAUAUAGUGUCCUUUGAAACGUCUUCGCAAUAUAUUUCUGUUAUUUUUGGCUUUUUGGGUCGCAGUUUGGAAUGUCGGUUAUAUAUUAUUGGUGUUCCGCAGUAGACUUCAUAGUACUCGUAUAGAUAUAUAUAUAUAUAUAUAUAUAUAUAUAUAUAUAAACGACGAGUCGCCCAGCAGAAAAAGACAUAAAUUCCGAAAUUCAGGGUUUACAAAAGCGCGCGGACCGACUGGGUGGUGAAAGAAAAAAAAGGGUCUCGCGUCUCGUCGUUUCGAAUUUGGCGCCUUGCCUGCUGGGGCGCUUCCGUUUAAUUUGCGUGGCGACGCCGUCUACGCGGGAUAACGUCGAGGCCGCGUCCGUCGUCGCGUCGUUAUGGAAACCCGAAGAAUGUGUCUGCACGGAAAGAGGAAAAGGAGACGCACGGCAAAGAGAAAAAAAAAAAACGUCCGAGGCGGAACGAAAUUUAUUUAAGUAUUUUUAUUGACGCGUGCGGGUAUGACUACGGGUCCGUCAAGUGCCGCUCGAAACCGAAAGUGCAUUAUAUUAUAGGUACCCAUCUAUUAACCCGAUAUACGGCGUCCGAGUACAGUUCUGUGGGGUGAUGACCGUACGUACCAUUUUUUUUAAAACAGGAUUUUCCUAUUUUUCGAUCAAUCGCAUGCGUUCUGUUUACCACGAUUGUCCUGUUUUUUUUUUUCUGAGUUUAGCGAAGAAUGUAUUGGUUUUACAAAGUUUAUUUUUUAUUUUUUUUUAUAUCAACAUUUUUUCUACCAGAAAGCUUACUCCGAUUAUCAGGUGUAGCACUUUUUCCGAAAGGAAAUGUUCUCUGAGUGGUACUUUACAGAGGUCAUUUUUUGAAAUUCUCAUUAAUUUUCGAGAUAAUGAGGAAAAUCUGAUUCUUUGUAUUAAAAAAGAUUGUAAGAUUAAAAAUAAUGUUGUCAUUGACAACCGUUUUUUAUUUAUUUUUUGUUAUUAUUAAGUUUUUAUUAUAUUUAUUCUUUUAAUAAUCUUUUUUAAACAAUCAUUUUUGUCAUGGAAACGCACAUUGUUGUUAUCAUUAUACCAUGAUAUGACAUAAAUUGUUAACAACACAGCAACACUAUCAACUGAACUCCGAUUAGAAUCGUUUUUUACAAUAGUCUAUCGUUGCUUACAGAUAUGCAUUAAAUUUCCGUCGGUAUCCUACCUUCCUUGUGAAGUGUAUCCGUCCUUUUUUAUUUAUUUAUUUUUUCUUGUUAAAAAGCGAUUUAUUUAGCAACUAAUUGAUAAAAACACCGUCAAUAAUAAAUUUGCUUUAAAUAUUUUUGCCUACAUAAAAUCUCACUGGUUAAAAACAUAUAUAUGUAUGUUACAACACCCAAUUUCGUGUAAUGAUGUGUAUCAUUUUAUAUUUUCAACGCAGUAUGGCAUAUAAUAACAUAAAUUUUGUUGUUAAUAUAAGUAUUAUAUUAAAUUGUUUCUUAUUUUGACAAUCGAUACUCACCAUAUUUUUGUUUUUUUACUAGUUGUGAAAAAUUUAUCCUGAUGUUUUUUUUUUUUUUAAUACGGUCACCCUAUAUUUGAGAGCUGAGUACACUCAAUUCUUUUUACGAUUUCGCGGUUUGCGCCGGGCGUAAAUGCUUAUACAUACGGGCUUAUAGAGGUGUUCUCGGGAAAUUUGGUGGAUAUCAAAAUGUAUUAAAAACUUGGCCGUGGGAGCUAAGACCCCGCGUCUCCUUUCUUAUAUAAAAACAACAUACAUUAAAUUAUAACAUAUUGUAUUAUAUUAUAUUAUGUUCCACUAUCAACAUUAUUUCUAUCGCUAGAACAAUUUUCAUCAGUCUGCUCAGGCAAUUUACUUUUGUCUACAUCAACUACACCAUCAACUUUUGUACUUUUUAUAUCACUACUAGCAGGAGGCAUAAACUUAUUUUUAGAAAACAAAUUUAAUAAUGUACUUGAAUUAGUUGAAUUUAUUCGUUUCAUUUCGAUCAAAUAUACAUCGUCAAUACACUAUAGUCGCAUAUUGCAAAAUAUCAAAGUAACUCAUUAACAGUUAUCACUUAUUAAAUAUUUCACUAAAAACGAUGUAUAACAACAAUAAAAACUCGGGAAAACAAUGUUAACAUUUUAUCAUUGUUCAGUGGUCGUAUCAUAUGAUUAAAUAUUAAUAUAUUGUUUAUAUCAAUUAUUACACGAUCUCAGCUGAUUAUAAAACCAGAAGUCUGUAAAUUGUAAAUUGGAGUAAAUUUGCUAUAAGAAAAGUUGUCUACAGAAAAAAAAAAUCGUAAUAUUUUACGAAUGUGUUUCGUACAUUUUCCCGUUUUUUCUCCGUUUUCCACGACAUUUUUCCUAGACAUUAUAAAAAUCACUUGAAUAAUCAGAAAAUGACCUCCAUAAAUUACCAUGGAGAUAAAAUUUCCUUUCAGAAAAUAAGUUACACUUGAGCAAUAUUUCUGGUAAAUAAAUUUGCACGACAAAUCGGUGGGGGAUUUGGCGACUAAAAUAGUCCGAGCGAACGAAAGCUGGGUCUCUAUAGGUACACUUGAAAUGCAUUUGUUUUUCCCUGUUAAGGUAAAUGAAAAAAAUAAGUGCAAACAAUUUUUUUCGAAACACGGGUUUGAAUCGGCGACCCCUAGGAUGACAAAAGGUAUGUAUAACCAUUCGGCUACGACAAACAUACUCUGAAAAAGACAGUACAAAGUUAUUUAACAUAAUAUAUAAUAUCCGCAUAAAAUAUCAGAACUUCAAAAAGCUAUAAUUUCGAAACUUAGUCAUAAUUAGAAACAUAAUUUUUUUUUUGACCACGAAGUAAGACUUUUAAUGAACCUCCUGUUAAAUUUUCCGUUAGUCUCACAAUUUUACCACAAAGUAGCUACCGAAUAAAAAUUACGUACAAAACUCUCAAAGUUAAAACAUCUAUAAAAGCUCAAAAAUAGCUUAAUUUUUUUAAAAAUUUGACCACAUUUAGAAAAGUAAAAUAUAAAUGAUUUCCUGGCAAAAUUUCAAGUCACCACGAAUAUUUUUAACUGACUUACAACAAAUAACAAAAUUUAAAUAAUAAUAAAAGCAUUAUUUUCGUAAACUUUCAGUUUACUUACGUUUCAUUUUUAGAUAUUAUAAAAACUGCUUGGAAAAUCCAAAACCGACCUCGCAAAAGUACUAUGUGGCCAAUAUUUCCUUUCGGAAUAGUCCCGCGUACAUAUCGGAGCAAGAUUUCCGGUAGAACUUUUGUACACCGGAUAAAAAAAUGAAAUAAAAAAAAAGUGAACAUCUUAGUAAAACCGAUGUAUUCUUCGCUACACUCAGAACCUGAAAAUCUGAAAACGUUAAUCGAUUGUAUUUUAAUUUAUUCGAAUAAUCGCUAUCAGUUAAAUUUUAAUAUCGGUUGAGCAGGAAACUCCGCGUUAUCUGGAAAAAAAAAAAAAAAAAAAAAAAAAGGAAAAACGGCCGUCGGUGGGAAAUCAAUCCCCCGUAUACACCUACCCCCCCCCCGCGCGCGCGCCCACCGCCGGCGCCUCGAGUACGCUCUUGCGGGCCUGUCACACGCACGGGCACAGCAUUGCCCAGCUAAUAAUAACAACAUUACGGCGGCGCCGUGUUUUCGGAGAUGGUUUUUUUUUUGUUGUCCGUCUCUCCUUUCCGCUCGGCAGAAUAAACGGGGAAAAAAAAAACUCCCCCGUCCCCGCCGACGGUCGCGCGCACAACGCGUGUGCCCCGCGCGUCGUGUCCACGUGGUAUUAUCCGCGGCAGUAAUACCUGCGGAUGCCCGCGCGUUAUUGUGAUGCGCGCGGGAUACCUGCGCGGCUAUAACACAACACGUGUGCGGCACGCACGUAAAUGUAACGCAUUAUGUCGGCAGAAGACCGCGACGGCCCAGCGGGACGGGCGUCGGAGGAAACGGCCGGUGUCUGGUGGCGCCAGGGACAAUAGGCUUUUUGUCCGGGCGAAAAUGCACGCGCGUAAAUACGCGCAGGUGCUCGAGUGGGUCGCCGCGUUCCCGAUAUAAUAUAACACGGUCAAUAAUAAUAAUAAUAAUAAUCAUAAUAAUCAUAAUAAUCAUAAUAAUCAUAAUCAUAAUAAUAAUAAUAGUAAUAAUAAUAUUAGAGGAUCCGAUCUUAAUGGCUUGUCAAUUGGUCAGCCGUCGCCGUCGGGAGACCGUCGCCGCCGCCGCCGCCUCCGUCGUUACAUGCAUUAUGUAUUAUACAGGGUGAUUAUUAUUAUUCGUCGCGUUACGGCGGUCUUCUCGAAAUCUCGGCGGCGUGCCGAAAGGUUUUCGCGAGAAACGGUACGCGUGCGGCGCGUGUCCCGCCACCGUCGGACGCGACGGAUUUUUCUUGCGCUUUUAAUAUUACAUUUUUCGAUUUUUUUUUUUUUUUUUUUUUUCAUUCAAUAGGUUUGUUUUCGAGGAGGACACUGAUUCGGAGAAAAAUUAAAUUUUUAUUUUCGUCCCCUAAACACAAAAAAAAAAUAAUAAUAAUAACAAUAACUGUAUUUGUACGUUAUUUAGACUUUAUUUGUACUUUACUUAUACUUUCGCCGAUUUCCAACAUGGCCAUUUUGUAAAAAAAUAUUAUUCAAACAAUUAUGAUGUAUCACGCAUUCAUAUCCGAUGAAUAUUUUCUCGGUUACGGCCGUUUUAAUUAGUCGUGAAAACAAUUAAUUUUCAAUAAAAUAACACGUUAUAUGUGAUAAAAAACUAUAAUCAGCAAGGUGAUAAAUUCUUUAUCUUCUAUUGAAUAUUAAUUUUUUUUUCGCGCUUAUUUUCUAGAAAUUAAAAUAACCAUAAUUAAGAAACUAUUAAUCGGAAAUGAAUGUAUGAUACAUUACAAUUUUUAGAAUAAUACUUUUUACAAAAUGGCUAUUUUGAAUAUUUUCUUAAGUGAAUAAAUAAAAAGUUAUUUGAUUUUUGUGUUUAGGGGAUGAAAAUUAAAAUUUAAUUUUUCUCCAAAUCGAUGGCCCUCUCGUUAGAAAAAUCCGUCUAACACGGCGGGACUCACUGUAUACGUGCUUACAUAAUAUAAUUACGAUAAGCGAAUAAUUGAAAUCUACAUCCACGCGUCCUAUUUCCUUAGAAAAAAAAAAAAAAAAUUAUAUAUUUAUAAUUUUCGAGUCGACUCAAUACAAUAUAAUACGGUUAAACGUUUUAGAAUUUUGUUAAAUUCCGAGCGGAACGGGAAUAUAUAAGUUUUACAACGAUGUUUAUUUCGUUUUCUGCGAAUAACUUUUUUACCGGCAAUUUUGCUCCGGUUUACAAUGACAGCAUUUUUUCUGAAACGAUAUCUGACUAGCGAGAUACCGAAGGAAAAAUCCCGAAGAAAAACCAUCCUGUAUAAUACCGGGUGCGCGGCUUGACAUUAUAGAUGAUUUGUACGGCGGUCGACGCGCAUUCGUUAAUCCUUUGUGUACGUUUCGGUCCGUACAGUUUUCGAAUGGACGCGAGGUACCUAUAUAAUAAUAAUAUCCGCGUACCCACGUAUGAAUACGGACGAUAAUAACAAUUUUGAGAAACUGAAGGAUUUCUGUUAUUUAUUUCGCGUAUAUUGUCGUUAAAGCGUAUACUAUACCGUAGGUAGUAGACGCGUCUAUAACGCGGCCUACCUAUAAUAUAACAUAAGCCUAUCGCGACUAAUCGCAGAUUUAAGAGGUACCCCUCGGCGUGACUUCCGCGCUAAAGAUGCGAGGUAAUGAUAAACGGAUUAUCGACGAGAACGCAGUCCGAAACGUGUCCCGCCAUACGCUCGGGGUACGUGUAUGGGUACGAGAAAGAAAAUACCCUCUCACCCGGUCAACCGAUCCUCCACGUACACACUCGUAAUACGUUAAAUUACCUAUAAUAGUGGCUGCACCCGUCCCCGUUAUCCUAGGAUGUCUUUUUAGAGUUUAAUUUUCAAAUAUUACAUAAGGUAAACAACGUAUAAUAUUUCCUGAAAAAUGUAAAAUGUCUUUACGCCUAACAAAAGUCGUUGAUCUUAUAUUGUAAUAUACACGUAAAAAUGUCGUGGAAAACAGAAAUCUAAUACAUUUUUUUCAACUGGAUCUAUAUUUAUAAAAUAUUAUGAUUACCGAUAUUAAAUUGUUGUAUGGGGCUCCGCCCGAUAAUAAAAAUUAAUAAAACGAGUGGAAAUAAGAAUGGUAUACAAAUUAAUGAUGAAAGAACAAUGCAUUUCAUUCACAAUUUAGUUCACAAGAAAUAAAUAUAAAACCGUAAUUUUUUUCCUCCUUUGAAUUUAUUAACUAUAUCCUUACCCACCAUCUCUUCUACCUUCUUAUUAUUAAUUUCAAUUAAACACUUUCUACAGUUAAUUGUUGCAUUAGCACAUACUUCCGCGAAAAGUGACUCCAUCUUACUGAAUGAAAAUUGUGUUCACGUGUAAACACCUUCACGAUUUGUAUGACUCUUUUUAAAGCCACGCUCGUGAGCAACAAUUAACACCUUCGUGAAAUACACGCCGUCGUAGCACACGCCCAAUGUAAACCAACCUUUAGUUUGAAAAUUGUCCCCACAAGUCAUGAUCUCUUUAUAGCUGUAUGUAGAAUGGAGAUAUUCGGACUACUACCACUUUGUGCUACCCGUGUAAGUGAUUUCGAUUUUAAGCACACAUUCAUUAACAUAAUAUCAUUAUAGGUAUACGAGUUAUUUCUUUUGAUUCUGAUAGCUAUAACGAUUAUUUUAUUUACGACAUUUUCAAAGUUUUGUUCUUAUUUCGACACGUUUUGAUUUUCAAAAAACAGCCCUAUGGCCUAUGGGGACGGAUAUUACGGCAAUAUUUAAUGUGGAUUUAAACUGUUGCAUAGCUCACAGACGGAUAGUGCUAUGCAUAUCAAUAUUUUAAGAAAAAUAUUCACUUUUCGAAACUGUCAUUAAAAGUGAGGGGUUACUAUUUGAACAUCGAACGUCGAUACGCCGAAUACGGUGUACGAACACGAGGGCGGAAAUUCGAAAAUAAAAUCAACAAACGAUAAGUGCCUCUCAUCGUUUAACCUCUCUCUAUAUUCAAGGUAUUCUAUUCACAAUGACAGAAAAAAAAAACACAAUACAACACAAAUCAAUUUCACUCGGAAUUUUCGUGUAGAUAAUUGCCGGAUCGUAAUGUGUAAAAAAAAACACCCUGUAUACUCGUCCUGACUAACAUUAUUAUUAUUAUUAUUAUUAUUGCGUAUUAUACGGCGACUGUCAUCGUUUUGUAGCACGGACAUCGGCGGCGCCAUCGCGGUACCGGACGCUGUUAUUUAUUUUUAUAUUUGUAUCGUUUUUAUAACAAUACGUUAAUGUUAUACACACGCUUAUCGUUCGUCUGGGAUUGGGAAACGUCGCCAUCGACCAGAAAAAAUGUGUGUCUGCGACGGGUUGCUACCUCCCCCGUUGACAGCACUCCGGUAAUGGCGCCAAUCCUCUGUAUAGGUAUACGGUUCACCUACGUGUCUUAUAUAUAUAUAUAUAUUUUGUAUUACAAAUACAUGUGAAAAAUGUCACUGCGGGUAAUUCAGGCAGUGGCGUCAUUUCGUAGGUUGUCUGUCGAAAGGGGAGAGACGGAAUGCUGACCGUUAGGUCAGGCACCUAAUGGUUAAAUUCCGAAAUUGUCGUAAAUACGAUAUCUUUAAACGAUAUAAUAUUAUAGUGUAUAAUAAAAACUGUACAAUAGCUCUGGUCCCAGGAAAGAAAAGUAAAGAUGAUACGUUUCCUGAGAGGAGAUUUUGUUUAGUGGGUACGUUACAGGGGUAAUUUGUCGAUUUUUCAAGGGGUUUUCAUAAUUAUUCGGAAUCCCCCGAAAAAAAAUUAAAGGUAAAACGGAAACUCGGCUUUACGGCUUAACACGACGUAACCGAUUACAUUGUUUUUAUUUUUGCAACUUCAGUUUUCUACCAGAAAUAUUCCUCCAAUAGAAAAACAACAAGAGAUCUUCUUCAUUCAAUUUUCAAUUUAAUUGGUGACCAAUAAAGUCGCUUUUUAAAUUUUCUAAUUAGUUUUCAUAAUAAUUGAGCCAAGCCGAAAAAUACGUAAAAAGAAUGGGAAAAUGUACGAAAAUAAUUCUUUUAUUAUUUUUAAUUUUGUUUUUGUAAUGCAAUUCAGUUAAAAAUAUUUUUGGUAACUUGAGAUUUUGACAGAAAACUAAUAUUUGUUUUUUCUAGGCGUGGUAAAAUGUUUAAAACAUUUGAGCCAAAUUCGAGCUAUUUAAAAACAUUUCAAUUUUGUGAGUUUUUACAUAAUUUGUAUUGUUAGACUAAAUACAAAUGCUUGACAAUUUAGCCGGAGAUUAAUAAUUAUAAAUGACAAAAAAAUAAUUAUAAUGUUGCGUUUAAGUAUUUUAGAUUCUGAGUGGAGCGAAGAAUCUUAUAGUUUUACAAAGAUGUUUAUUUUCUUUUUUCUUCUGUGGACAAUUUUUUUACCAGAAAUCUUGCUACGAUAUACAAAUGUAAUACUUCUUCUAAAAAUAAACCAGAAUGGAGAGGUACUUUAAGAAGGCCAUUUUCUUUAAUUUUCUCAAGAGUUUUCAAAAAUCAAAAAUAAACUGAGGAAAAACGGGAAAAUGUUAGAAAUGUAGGUAUUGGUCAAAAAUAUUACAACCUUCUUUUUUCUUGUGAACAACUUUUUUACCAGCAAUUUUUCUCCGAUUUACAAUAAUAGCACUUUUUCUAAAAGAAAAUCUGACUGCGUGGGUACUUGGGUGAGUGGUCAAAAUCUAAAAUAUCAUAGAACAUCUCCGUAUAAUAUUUCACAGUUCCGAUUUCCUUGUAAGUAAUACUGUAUUGAUCUAAACUUAAUAAUUUUAGCUGUUCAAACAUCGGGUUUGCUCGAAUAAUAGAAACGUGAAGUCUUUACUAUGUUUUACUCGUUUUAGUUCUUAGUAUAUAGUACUAGUUCAUAGUUAAUAAUUAUUACGAGUCAUGUACCAAAUAUGGAUCAGAAAAUUGAUAACGCUUUUACUACAAAACGAGAUAAACUGUGCAUUUUGAUUGAAAAUUCGUUUAAUCAAACUUAUGAAAUUUACAAAAAGUCUCAAGUCUGUCAAAAUGAGAAGGAAAACGGAUCGUUAUAAGUCGCCCAAACAUACUACAAUAUUUUAAAAUCACUCGUUCAAACGCAUUUUUUAAACUCGCCCGAUAUCGAUGGCGGCGGCGACGCCACAAAAGAACAAUGACGGUUUGCUAAGCCGCGAUUUUGAAAUCAUAUUCUACGUACGAGUCGAACAUUUCAUGUAACCGACCGUUACUAACGUACCGGUGAAUGUCGAAUAUUAUCGUAAAGAAUUAUUAUUACGAUACUCGACUUGUGUUUUCGUCGGGCACCUGUCAUUGGAAAAGACUCGGCUCCACACAUCGUGAGACAUUCACGGAAUAUCCAGCGGUGUGGUCGAUACGUUCACGAAGAAGUCGUCGGCUAUCGGGAAACCGAUUGGCAAUAAAAUACAAGUACCUACCGCCGCCGAAUUGUUUCCAUGAAAUAUUACGUUUUUAUUGUCGGUAAAAAUCGCCCGGAUCAAAAAGGAGAAUUCCGUUGAUUUUUAUGCCGCGCAAUCAUCCGCGAACAUUCGAGCAAUGAAAAUUAUUAUUAUGUCAUAAAAGAUAUUAUUAAAUGGAUGCCGCCGAAGUCGCCGAUGGUGGUAAAAAAAAAAAAACCAAAUAUAUCUUGCAAAAUUAUUUCGAGUCGUUUGCGUGGCUACUCGUUAAUCAGGGCUGCAUUUUGGCUCUAGUUGGUAUUUUGAAAAAGUCAUUUUUUGAAAUUCUUAUUAAUAUUCGAUGCAAUGAGGAAAAACUAGUUAAAAUACACAUUGUUAAAAAAACCAAUACUAUUGACCGAACUUCGUUCAGAAUCGUUGUUCAUUAGCAAUAAUGUAUCGUUGAUUACAGAUAUAAAACAAAUAACUCUUUAUACAUCCUACCUUCCCGAUUUCUUACUUACAACAGUGGCGCACCCGUCCUCAAUAUCAACAUUUUUUUUUCAUUUUUUCUCUUUCUUCAUCGGCUUACCAGCCUAUUAUAGACCACUGCUGCCGUAACAGGUCCUUACAUUUCUUUAUAUCGGUGAAAUGUCACCUUAAUCCCCGUGAUUAUCGAUAUAUCCGCGGUGAACAAAUUCCAUAUGGGUGAAUUAUCACUUUGUUAGGUCCCCAAGAUCUAAAUGACACGUAAAGAAUUUAAUUGAGAUGGGAACUAAUUGACUCAUUGGGAACAAUUUAAACACUGGGGAACUAAUUGUCAAAAUAAUUUAAACAAUAAAGAUUCCCGACUAACCAGAUCCACGUGGGUCAAUUAGUUUCCUUGUAAACUAAAUCCUUUUUCGUGUCAUUUAGAUCCUGGAGUUCUAUAGUUGAUUAUGGAUCAGUAGGUGGUCGUUCUCAAAGAUCUAUAUGACCCAAGGGAAUUUAGUUGAUAUAGAAACUAAUUCAUCCACGGGAACCCAUUAUUGCGCGUGCCUAUAAACCUUUAUAGUUUAGUGAAAACUCAUCAUAAUCACCAAUAAAACAACAGUGUACGCACAUCGUAAAAAUAUAUAUAACAUGAUAACAGUUGUAGGUAGAACUAUCUAUAGUAUACGCUUUGUAAAACUGCGACUAUCUUAUUGGCUACUUUCAGCACUUAACUUCGUACGGUUUUACGAGUUCUAAAACAAUCAUAAAUAGUUUUACGUAUACGAAUAUUAAUUCCUGUAUAUUCAACGGCUGCCCAAAAAAAGUCGAGAAAAAUGAAAUAUCGGGUGUUAAACUGUCGAAUCUCGACACGGGCCGAGUAUAGUGUACGAAAGCGCGUGGAUUCAGACGGGUUUCGGAUUUCGGAAUUUUAAUGAUAAUAAUUGUUUCAGAUUUGUUAGACGCCCACGCCGUUUUCGUGUUCGACUUGAGCUCACUGGAGCCCACCGAAAUGGUAAAGAAAGCUGUGCUGCGGAGGGAGCGUCGUGUCGUCGGGAGCGGCCACACGCUGAACGUGACGUUUUACUCGGUGGCUAAAAGGCCGUCGUCGUUGUCCGAAACGUAUUUGGGCUCGGGGACCCUGGGCGGUGCCCUAGACCUGGCUGGCACGUUGGGCGCCCGCUCGAUUGCCGACAUGGACAGACUGAUCGUCCGCGUGGACACCGCGACCGCGGUUCCGUCCGUGGGACUUGUGUUGUACUCGACGACCGCAGUGGCCGGUAGCCAGGCUAAAGGCCACGAAUUGGCCAAGUUACUGUUCGAAUCGGUCGGCGGCCGGGCUAGGCGGUCGGUGCACGACAACGAAAUCGACGUCAAGCGGAAGGAUUUCGGGGGCAAACCAAAACGCAACAAGAAGAAGAAAAAAACGUCGAGAAAAAACAAUAGAUUACGGGUAAUAAAUUAUUAUUACCAACGGAAUUUUACAUAAUAUUUCGUUGUAUAUUUUUAAACCCCCUCCCCGGUUCAUUUUUGAACUCCCGCUUCCGCCAAAAUAUCCCAGGAGAACGUUAUACGUUCGACUACAGAUUUCGAUAUUUUUAUAAUUCAAUAAGAACAACUAGGAUGAAUCUCGUGUUAAAUUUUCGAGCAUUUUUGAGAAACCUCAAAAAACUAUUUGAUCCGCAUAAACCCAAAUGGAAAAUUAAAAUUCGACAAUUUCAAAUAAAUAUAGAAUAUUAUAAAAACCCGUCAUAAUGUUUUUAAAAUUGAACCAGUUUAAAAAAAAAAAAUGCUUAUAUUAAUAUUCAAUGAAAAUUUCAGGUAGGUAUAAGAUUAUUUUUCACCGAAUGAGUACAAAUAAACAACGUUUUAGAUCAUUAUUGUACACAUUUUCCACGUUUUCAAAAAAUUACCGGCGAUUUUACAUGAAACGAUUUUUCUGUAGAUUCUCAAUAGUUUUUACAAAAACUUCAAAAAACUGACUAGGUAUACAAAUGACGGACACGCGUCCAUGUAUUUUUGUCGAUUUCUGCGUUACUAUGGCUACAAAGUGGAAAAACCACGACUAACCUUACUAUUUACCGAUCUCCACUCAGGAUCGUUUUUCAUUGAAAUCGUUUAUAGUUGCUUUCUGCGUACAAAUUAUAAGUUAUUCAAUAUCUGUUAUCUUUCCAACUCCCCCUUCCCCGGCUAUAAUAGUGGUCUACGCACCGUGCCAAGCUUACGUCCAGCGGCUGGACUCCAGCCUGUUUUUUGUUUUCCCCUUAAAAAUGCCAAUAAUUUGAAAUAAUAAUAAAAAAAAAAAGUAAAAUCGAUUUAAAAUUCUACACGAUUAUAUUGGUUCGUAUGUGUAUGUAAUCAACCGAUUGACGCGAUUAAACAUUGUAGGUAUAAGAUGAGUAAAUAUAUCGGACAAAUCCGUUUUAAUAUUUUUUUUUUUUUUAUAUAAAACCAAUUAAAAAAUAUUAAUGAAAAAAUCUAAUCGGACGUAUAAAAGCGAAAUGUUGUUGAUAAAAAUACACGUCAAAAUUUAGAUGGUAUUUUUAUUAUUAUUUUUUUUUUUUUUCAUUCGUGGGCACGGCAUUUUUAUUUUAUCGUACCAGAAUGUUAAUCCAUACCGUAUUAACGUUAUAUAUAUGUAUUUUUUAAGUUAAACCAAACGGUCAAUAUAUAUUAUUAAUACAGGGAAUGUUGACAAAUUCCCAAAAAUAAUAACAUCGUAAAAAUUCGAUGGCUCGAUUAUAAAAAAUGUAUCUAAGAACCAAGGCCGGUAAAGUCAAUGAAUAAUAACAUUAACUCGGCUUAGUUUAUCGGGCAAAUGUCUACGAGUUGACACGUUAAAAGUUAGUUUUAUCUUUGGUUUUUUUUUUUUUUUUUGCAAAAUCGGUAUUGUCAUAUCUUUUGAAAAUAAAGAUCAUCAAAUGUCAUGAGGGGUUUAAUUCGAGAAUUAUAUUUAUAUUAAAUUCCAAGUAAUACAUUUUUCCAAAAGAACGCAAUGUACUUUAUUGAGUUAUAAAAUAUAAAAUCGAUUUUAAAAAAAGCCGGGCAACUUCGCACGUGAAUGGGGCACUGUUGUAGGUGGGAAGUUGGGAAGGUAGGAUACAAAAGGGAAUCUAAUGUAUAUAUAUAAGUAACAAUAAACCAUUUCUAACAAAGAAACGAUUCUUCUGAGCGGAAUUUAAUUGAUAGUGAUGCUUUAUCAACAGUAUACAUGCCAUAUUAUGGUAAAAUUAUUAAAUAAGCAUUGUAUAUUUUCUUUAGUAAUUUUUGUUUAACAUUUUACCAAUUUUCCAAUUUUUCCUGCGUUUCCCAUUAUUUUUCCGGUUUUCCAUUUUUUGGGGAAACUCCUUGGAAAAUCAAAAAUGGCAUCAAUAAAGUAUCCCCCUCCCCCAGUCCGAUUCGGAAAAGUACCGCAUUUGUAAAUCGGCGCAAGAUUUCUGGUAAUAAAAUAGUCUACAGGGAAAAAAAGGUAAAAACAAAAAUCUCGGUAAAACCACGAGUUUCUUCGGCCCACUCGGAAUUUAAAAUUUAAAAUAUUGACAUUCAAUUACAGACACGUAGAUACCGCUCACUACUGGUCAAUUAAUCCAUGAUUACUAGACAGGCGCGCAGUAUCCGUAACUGCGUAAACCAAAUAAAGUUACUAAAUGUAUGAGCCGUAGUUACUGCUGUGUAUUGCGUGCUCUUUUAACAGCUACACAACAUACGCUGCGGUUUUUUUUUUUUCUGGGAUACAAUAUUUACUGCUCAUUUGUCUAGUAUUCGGUGAUAUUCUGGUAGGUACUGCAGACACAAAGCUCGUUUAAAGCGUCUAGAUGACGUUUUGCGGUGCAUUCCGACACGCCGUAUUCGCGCAGUGCAGACGGGGGAUCCCCGAUUCGUUUUGUUCCAUUUCAAUGGCUCAGUCGGUAUACCAUCAUAAUAACCCGCACGUAACGUAUUCGGUUUUCCGCAGGCGGUGGACAACGGCGACACGAUCGUCAUCACCAACGGCGACCAGUGCCGCAUGGAGAAGUUGGUGCUGAACUUCGCGGACGUCGGCUGGGACGAAUGGGUGAUCUACCCCAAGGGUUUCGAGACCAACUACUGCGCCGGCGGGUGUCUGUUCCCGCUGGACAAGGGGUCCAGCCCGACCAACCACGCGUCCGUGCAGAGCCUCGCCAGGUCGUUCGGCCGGCUGUGGGACGUUCCCGAGCCGUCGUGCGUGCCGGACACGCUGGCCCCGCUGUCGCUGCUCUACACGGACUAUCCGUCCAACCACGUGCUGCUCAAGAGUUAUCCCGACAUGAGGGUGCUGACGUGCGCGUGCAAGUGA